AUGGCCUCGGCGAAACUUGUCGGAAUGGGCUUCGAGCUUCUUAAGCGAGCCACCGAUGAAGAAGAGACCGACCCCGAGGAGGGUGAUUCUGCCCAGAAGGAACUGUUCGCAGCAUGGGCGCUCUUUAUCUCGAUUAUGCUGCUCAUCGUCGCCUUCUUCACAAGCUACAUGCUUCAGAUGAAGAAAGUCACUGCUAUACAUGAAACCGUUAUAUCUAUUUUCGCCGGAAUGGUUGUUGGGCUCGUCCUCAUGAUUUUUGGUGGUGACUCCAUUCGAACCAUGAUCAGCUUCGACUACCAGAUCUUCUUCAAUCUGCUACUGCCGCCCAUUAUUCUGUCUUCGGGCUAUGAGCUGCAUCAGGCCAACUUCUUUCGGAAUAUCGGCACUAUCCUGACAUUCGCCUUUGCUGGAACCUUCUUGUCGGCUGUUGUUAUUGGCUUCAUCCUGUACUUGUUUACCCUUAUUCCUGGAUCCCUGGAAAUGUCCUUUGUCGAUGCGAUUUCAGUCGGCGCAACUCUCUCUGCUACCGACCCUGUUACUAUCUUGGCCAUUUUCAACGCUUACAAGGUCGAUCCCAAGCUGUACACCAUCAUCUUUGGAGAAUCCAUCUUGAACGAUGCCAUUGCCAUUGUCAUUUUCGAAACUGCGCAAAAGUAUAAAAAGGGCGAGGCUGCUGGACUCAGCAUCAUCAGUUUCUUUGAAGGUACAGGUAUCUUCUUGCUGGUCUUCUUCUGCAGUUUGUUCAUCGGCUUUCUUGUCGGUGUGGCUACAGCGCUUCUGCUCAAGUUCACCUACCUCCGCAGGACCCCCAAGAUUGAGAGUUGCUUGAUGGUUCUGAUCCCCUAUGCUACUUAUUUCUUUUCUCAUGGCCUUCACAUGUCCGGUAUUGUGUCGUUGCUUUUCUGCGGCAUUACCCUCAAGCAUUAUGCCUACUUUAACAUGUCGCGACGAACUCAGCUUACCACUAAGUUCAUCUUUCAGAUCUUGUCGCAGUUGUCUGAGAACUUCAUCUUUAUUUACCUGGGACUAGCUCUCUUCACCGACAACCAUCUUCAAUUCCAGCCUCCUCUCAUCAUCGUAACUAUCCUAGCCGUUUGUGCUGCUAGAUGGGUCGCCGUAUUCCCGCUGUCCAAGGCUAUUAACUGGUUCAUCCGAUACCGUGCCGGCAGACGAGGGCAGGAGGUUGGUGACGAGCUGCCUUACAACUACCAGGCUAUGCUUUACUGGGCUGGCUUGAGAGGAGCUGUCGGUGUGGCCCUGGCUGCUUUACUCACUGGCGAGAACUCCCCUGCACUCCGAGCCACUGUUCUAGUCGUGGUUGUGCUCACCGUGAUCAUUUUUGGAGGCACCACCGCUCGUAUGCUUGAGAUUCUUGGAAUCCGUACCGGCGUUGUUGAAGAGGUUGACAGCGAUGACGAAUUCGAUAUCGAAACAUUUGGCGGAGGUCUUCAAGUCAAACGAUCAGGAACAGGCAUUGGUUACAAUCCCCGCAGGAACGGCAGCGUCGCCCUUGGCAGCCUCGAAGCAGGCCAAUCUGCUAGUUAUGUGUCGGGCGCUUCGUCUCCGCACACGGGCGGCCGUCCUACAAGCAAAGUACGAAAGAACUCUAUACCCGAGAGAUCUGACCUUCUUCGUCAUAAUGAUGAUUCAGAUAUCGGUAGCGACAUUGACGUCUCCGAUUUACCACCUCCAGCUCGCCGCUCACCACUUCCACGCUCCAACACCGCUACUCCAUCCCGUGUUGACAGUGCAUACGCGACUCCUAUAUCGGAGACACCUGGAGGUCAACCAAUCACUGCAUCCAAUGCAAUCCGGCAACUCUGGACCUCGGAGGAUCCUGCCAGUGUAUUUCAUCAUCUCGACGAGGACUUCAUCAAGCCCAGAUUGCUUCUUCAGGGAGACAGUUCCAGAGGCGGCAAUGGUGGACCUAGCUGA